AUGGGCCUUCAGUUCUCAGUACCCCCGUCUGCUGGCCCCGGACACCUCAUUAAUAAACUUGUAGCCAUAGAUGCAGACAGUGGCCUUAAUGCUUGGGUAGUCUACUCCAUUGCACCUGGGCCACAUGUGGGGAUGUUUCGCAUAGCAGUUCACAGUGGGGAACUGAGAAUUGCUCAUAAAUGGGCUGAGGAGGAGGCAGGACAGUCAUACCCCAUCACAAUAAUCAUUGAGGACAGUGGAGACCCACGAAGGUCUACAUCUGUCAACAUCACUGUGACUGUUGAUGAGAAGAGCCCAGUCAAUGAAGCUCCUGUGCUCCCCCGCCACAAACCCUUCUACCACCCCUCUGGGAUGCCAAACAUCACCCUGUACCUCAUAAUUUCUCUGGCCUGUGUGUCUGGAGUCUCCUUCAUCACUUUUGUGGUGCUAAUGGUGCGCUGCCUCCGGCACCGCAGCCCAGGGUUGGGAGACUCUGACUGCUGCUGCUUUGAGCCGAGAACCAGCCGCUAUCAUCAGAGACCCAGCAAAGACCUUCACUUACAGCUAAACACAGAUGGACCUAUACGGUAUAUGGAGGUGGUGGGUGGCCCCCAGGACCCUCACACGCGCACCUACAGACCCUGCUACUCCACCUUAUCCAGCAGAAGUGACUUUGUAUUCAUGAAGACGCCUAUGCUGAGUCAAAACAACACACUCAACAUGACGCUCAGCAAGCAGCACCUUAUGAACUCUGUGAGUGAGCAAAAACCUCCUCAAAACGACUGGCGCUUCACACAGGGACAACGACCAGGACCUAGUGGUCCCCACAUGCCAUACGGUACACAAAUUCGAUGGACGCCGAAGAAUGGCACAAGGGCCGCUGGAGGACCGGAGGUUGCCAUGGGAACCGGGCCCUGGCCUCAGCCCCCCACUGAAGCAGAACAGCUCCAGGCUCUGAUGGCAGCAGCGAAUGCCGUGAACGAGGCCACCGCCACACUGGGCCCCGGCACCAUGGGACUGAGCACCCGCUACAGCCCCCAGUUCACCCUGCAGCACGUGCCCGAUUACCGGCAGAACGUGUACAUCCCCGGCAGCACCGCCACGCUCACCUCCAACCCCCAGCAGCAGCAAGCCACCGCCCAACAAGCCACCCAGCAGGCCCUGCCCCCUCCCCAGGUCUCAUCCCAGCCGGAGCCCCCCAAGGCUGCCCAGACCCCCGCCUCUAAGAAGAAGUCCACUAAGAAGGACAAGAAGUAG